UCCACCUCUUGUUUAGUACGUGUUGCGUUCAUUUGCCGAACUCUAUCUAGACCUCGCCGAAUUAAUCGAACUUCUAUUAGCGGCCAGAUGCUGCGACGUCGGCUGUCAAGAUAGAGGACAUACUGUUAGCCGAAGCUUAAAUGACGUCACGCCCAGAUAGACUGAAUGAAAGCCCAUCAUCUCGGAGAGAAUAAGUUUUAUUAUUUGUUCUCCGAGACUGAAGCGGAGCAACAUGCCCAACUACAGGGAAGAUGAGGACGAAGAGGACCGCUACAGUCCCAAGGCUUCUGAUGCUGGCUCUGUGCAGGAUGCGGCAGCGUUGGAUGACGAUGACGGCGGUCCAUGCGGCUGGUGGACCAUCAGGCCGAAAUUCCUGCAGAAGCUGCGCACGCCGAAAUGGGCUUUAUUUUGGCUCUGCUGGGCCGGCGCUUUGCAAGGAAUGGUUGUGAACGGAUUCAUCAAUGUGGUGAUCACGACGAUCGAGAGGCGCUUCGGCCUGCGGUCCAGAGAGACGGGCAUCAUCGCCGGCGGUUACGAUGUGGCCAGCUUCCUGUGCCUCGUUCCGGUUUCCUACCUUGGCGGAAGACCGGGCGCCUCCAAACCGCGGUGGCUCGGAUGGGGCAUCGUCAUCAUGGGAUUCGGAUCGUUUAUUUUUGGUCUUCCUCAUUUCGUUGCCGGCCCCUUGAGAGAUCUGGGAGCGGAGCAAAGAGGCACGUGCUUUCUGCCAGACGCUUUCGGCAAUGCAUCAACUAGCGGAUUGGACGAGUGCGACAGUGAUAACUCUGAAAAAUCGUACGGCCAGUCUGGCUUCUACGUGCGGGCAUUCUGGUUUUUCUUCAUCGGGCAGCUGCUUCACGGGGCAGGAGCAUCGCCGCUCUACACCCUCGGAGUCACCUACAUAGACGAAAACGUCUCCAAAAAGAUGUCCUCCGUCUACAUAGGCAUUUUCUACACGAUGGCAAUUCUCGGCCCGGCACUUGGCUUCGUCUUGGGUGGGCAGUUGCUCAGCGUCUACACGGAUAUUUUCACGGCUAACCCUGCAGAACUGGGACUGACUCCAGACAGCAAUUUGUGGAUCGGCGCCUGGUGGAUUGGGUUUGUCACGUCGGCAGCUGUUUGCGCUCUUCUCGCAGUUCCUCUGCUGGCUUUUCCAGCUAUGUUGCCAGGUGCAAAAGCAAUUCAGGCCGAAAAAGUAUCCGAGGCGCAUCACACCAGUGACAGCAAAGAGGAAAUGAGCAGCAAUCUGCGAGAGCUGCCGCGAAAUCUGGCAUCUCUCCUCUCCAACCCCACGUUCUUCUUCCUCAAUUUGGCAGGAUCCACCGAAGGCUUAUUGAUUGCUGGUUUCGCUGCCUUUCUACCUAAGCUGAUCGAGAGUCAGUUCAGUGUCAAUGCUAGUCUGGCAGCUCUCCUCAUGGGCGCCGUGACAGUUCCUGCUGGCGGAGGCGGCACCUUUUUGGGCGGCUACCUCGUCAAGAAACUGAAUUUGUCUUGCGCUGGAAUAAUUAAAUUGUGCAUGACCACCGCCAGCAUUGCCUGUCUUUUCACCUUGACUUUUUUCCUGCACUGUCCAAACGUCUCAAUGGCUGGAAUAACAACAGGCUAUCAAAACGAUAGCUUGUCCAACAUGUCCCUUGUCGCGCCUUGCAACGAGGACUGCAACUGCUCGCCAAACAUCUUCGACCCAGUGUGCGGCGCUGACAAUAUUCUCUACUACUCGCCAUGCUUCGCCGGCUGCUCCAACGAGUCCAGGCUUGGAGACGUGAAGGUUUACUCCGACUGCAAGUGUAUCCAGCACAACUUGACCGGAGGCGCCGCCGGCCUCGAGGCGACCAACCAGAUGUGUUCGUCCUCUUGCACGCUUUUAGUGCCGUUCAUUUGCCUGGCUUUCCUGGUCAUGCUGUGCACGUUUAUGGGCACCACCCCUGCACUCACUGCCACCCUCCGGUGUGUUCAAGACAGCCAGCGCUCCUUCGCGCUGGGCAUCCAGUGGAUCAAAGUGCGACUUUUGGGCACGGCGCCAGCACCCCUCCUUUUCGGCAUUUUCAUCGACGAAAGCUGCAUUCUGUGGGAGACGGCUUCCUGCGGCACAGGCAAAGGAUCCUGCCGGCUCUACAACAACUACUUGAUGAGCAAGUACAUGGCCAUCUUGGCGUUGAUUUUCAAGAUGUGUUCCGUGAUUUUCUACACAUCGGCCUGGUGGUUUUACAAGCCGCCUCCGCCGCCGCCGGACAAUAAAGAGACUGGCACCGAGCUGCAGCCAGCCUCGACUGAGAUCAGCCUAGUGCAGAGUUCCUCCGUCGAGACCGUGCCGAACAACGGCCGAGUGUCCCCAAGGACAGAGUGAAAUCGAACACGUUUUGAUCGUUUCCAUUUGUGUCAACUCUGAAUGUAACUCCAUGGAAAAUGUGCAGACCGUGAUGUUAACUUAUUCCCAUUAUAAAGUCGACAUUCCGAUCGACUGACUAGUAUGCAACCUGUGUAACAUUUGUGCCAACAAUAUUGCCAUAGCAGCUCAAAUUCUCAAAUAUAUUCCAUUGCGUGGGGUCGUGGACCAAAAUUAAAAUUCUGUAAUCGAAACAAAAAAUCGUAUUAACACCUUUUUGAAACGUCUUAAAACGAUUUUAUAUACGUAUGUUUAUUUUUACUGCGAGUAUUGAAUUGCUCCAAAUCCCACUAUCUGUGCAGGAAAUCACAUAGACUGAUUAUAAUUUUUACUGCUGUCUAUUUUAUAUAUAUUAAAACGCCGAGCAUGCAUGUGCGCACAUAUUUUUUGUGUAAUAAACGUUGUCUUAUCCUAAUUAAA